AUGAGGAAGUACCAGCAACUUUUACUCCUGAUAAUCUCGUGCAUUAGUGUCGGCGUUCUUUUGAUGUACAAGUCGGAAAAUAAUCAUUUAAAAGAUGUCUUAGAGGUGAUAAAUUUCUUUGGCCAUCGAUCUGAUGUUCUGAAAAAAGUUGAAAGCAAUGCCACCUAUAUACGCGACUUUGAAUACCCCUUGGCAGUGUGGCAAGCGUUGGGCACACAUUUUCAUGGUUAUUCGGCAUAUUGGAGGAGAAAUGAACUCGUUUCGGGUGGAGACGCUGUGGCGAUUGUAGUAGGUCGAAAGGGUGCCGUACUAAAUUUUAAAUGUUACCUUAACUUUGGUGGACCUACCAAUAUACAGGGAAAGUUUCGGUUUCAACGCAUCGACAAGAACGGAGAGGAUGACAAUUCCGAGUUUACCCGCUACUAUUUCUACUGCAAAGUGACCCGCGACUUUGGUACACCCAAAUCCGUAGUAUUCAAUGAACCCAGUGCGAACAAUAAGAAUGGCUACGCGAUGAAACUGAGAAUGGUAAAGGUGGCAGACAAAGGAAUGCAAAAACUAGCUGUACAUCAUAUGACUGUUUGUUUGGAUUUCUACAACAAGGAAGAAUUCUACAACAUGACCACGUUGGAAAAGCAGCCACAGGAAUUGCUCGAGUUCUUCAUACAUCAUUAUAUUUUGGGUGUGGAGGAUUUCAUCGUUUAUAGUGGAGAUGACAUACCCUAUUCUUUGCGCCCAAUACUGCAACGUUUCAAUGUUCGAGUACACCUAUUGCCAUUUAACUUCCCAUUCUCUUCGAGCAACUCCAGCGAACGGAUACGUGAUGUCAUAGAAAUGGAUUGUCUAUUGAGAAACAUUAAUCGGGCAAGCCACUCAGUAUUGUUGAAUGCCAAUGAGUUCUUCUAUCCGAAUACCCACUUAGAUGAUGAAAAAUCUGUAUUACGCUCUAUAAGAGAUUUCGACAGUAGUGUAACACAUUUCGGUUUGAAAACAUUUGCUAUUUGCAAGGACCAAAGACACAAAUAUUUAAUAGAAAAUACAUUGUAUGAUCCCGAGGUGAAAACGCAUCGCUUAUCUUUGUACAGACCACAAGACAAUACAAAUGCGGUUAGUGUCGAAGAAGCGAAGCGGGAAGAAUUGCCCAUGUCCAAGGCAUUUGUUCAUCGUUAUAUGAAUUGCCUGCACGUCGGCAAGGAUGGAUUGCACGAUUGGCGAAAUUCGUUGCGCGAAGACUUUAUGCAACAUUUGGAGAGACUGAGGGAGGAAAUAAAACUAUUGAUAUAGGA